AUGGUUAUGCAUAGGCUUGUUAGGAUUCUCAGAAGAAAAGGUCGGUCUUACGAUGAUCGACUUUUAUUUUCGGCUAUUGAAAAAUACAAGCAAGUGUUGAAGAGGCUAGAUGAUAAACUGAGGUCUAAAAAGAAUGUUUCGGAGAAGAAUGGGUUUAUGAGGGAGACCAUAGAGCCUAACAUUUAUGACUUGUGGAAGUCUAUCUUUGAUGAAGAAGCUAAAGAAACAACAUAUACUCUGAAGGAGAUAAGGAAUAGCAUUAUUAGCGGCAUCUUUGAUCCUAUUUCAGGCAAACCAAUCCAUAGAAAGAUAAGGGCACUGCCCUCACAUACUCCUUAUAUUUUGGGGAUUGAUUUUCCAAAGCAAGAACUGAAAGAGGAGGUUGUGAAACUGGGAAUUGAGCUCUCUCUACUUGUGGCUCAAUCGAUGUUCUUCAUGCGUGAUGAUGACUAUCGCAGUACGUUGUGGUUCUACCUUAAGUUAUGGAUAGAUGCAACAAAGGACCGUGAUCAGGAUAGUCCUGUGGCAGAACGACUGCUUUAUGUUAAUUAUGAUAUCAAACCUAAGGAUAAAGAAUUUGAGAAUGAUGAUGCCAGAUGGGUCCAAUCGAAAGUGAUCAGAACUACUAGGAAGGAUUUUGCGGCAGGAAUCAGAGAUCUAGAUCGCCUUGUUACAAUUCUUAGAGGAGAAGGAAGCUAUUCAGAUGGCCGAGAGAUUACAUCUAGAAUUGAAGAAGCGCUGAAGAGGAUAGAUGACAAGUUGAGGUGUACCAAAAAAAAUUCAGAGGAGAAUGGGUUUGCCAGGGAAGUGAUGGAGUCUAACAUUUUGGAGGUGUGGAGGUCUCUCUUUGACAAAAACGCGAAGGAAGCAUGGAAACCCAGAGUGAUGAGGAGGAUCGUGUCUCUCACCGACAUAUGUAAACCUCUAUUAGAAAAGACAUUAUAA